GGCUGUUGAUGUAUGUUGACAUCAAUAGCCUCAACGUCACCACUGAUAACGUUAACAAUUGAUACACUUAUACGAUACACAAUACACAUUUCAUUGCACUUAACCCGAUGACAAAUAAGUGUUGUAAUUAAUUGAAUGAUUUUACUGAUAAAUGAUAAGAUAAGGUAUUUGCUUGUUUUUAUGCGAUUCCUUUGCGGUUUCGACACUCAAGGAUGAAGUGUUGCGUUUAACUUGAACCAAGACUUUGAAGUCAGAUAUUAUUGUCCCCUCCCCCAUCCUCGCGCGCAUCCCGUGUAAGGCUCUUUACACAUUGUGCUACCGCGACGCUCGCGCCGCUACGAGCGACUUUCAAACUAUUUAAAACAGUUCAUCCACAGACACCGGUCACUUCACUUGUGUUCUGCAUGCAUACUUCGUUUUGCAUGUAUCAUAAAAACAACAAUGGAAGCUGUAGUAUGUUACUAUGGAACAUGGGCCACAUAUAGAAAUGGCCUUGGCAAGUUCGACGUAGACAAUAUAGACCCUCAUCUCUGCACUCAUUUGAUUUACGCAUUCGCUAGUAUUGAUGAUAAAGGGACGCUGAAGUCUUUGGAUCCUUAUUUAGAUCUACCUGAUGGUGGUGGACGAGAUAACUUUGGCAAAUUCAACGAUUUAAAGAAGAAAAAUUCAAGUUUGAAAACACUUCUGGCCGUUGGUGGAUGGAACGAAGGGUCCGCUAAGUACUCAACAAUGGCAGCCAGUCCAACACUGAGAAAGAACUUCGUAACCAGCGCCCUGCAAAUGAUCACAAAACACGGCUUCGAUGGUCUAGAUAUGGACUGGGAGUACCCCAACCGAAGAGACACAGUCCACGGCCAAGCAGACAUUGAUAAUUUCACGACUCUGCUUAAAGAAAUCAAAGCUGUUUUUGACAAGCAAGGACUGUUGCUUACUGCUGCCGUUUCUUCAGUAAGAUCGGCGGCGUCGCAGUCUUAUAAUGUUGCUCAAAUUUCGAAAUACCUAGACAUGAUACAUAUUAUGACGUACGAUAUGCACGGAUCUUGGGACUCUGUUACUGGUCACAAUGCACCUAUCCAUCAAGGAGAAGGAGACGAGGGUGCGAUUCCAGAAAACCUGUUCAAUGUAGAACAAUCUUUGAAAUACUGGAUUGGAGCUGGGUGUCCACCAGAGAAAAUAGCCCUAGGAGUCCCAUUUUACGGGCGCACCUUUAAAUUGAAGGAUGCUAAUGACAAUGAUGUGAGGGCUCCAGCUGCAGGAGAAGGAAUUUCUGGACCAUACACUGCCACUUCAGGCUCCAUAGGUUACAACGAGUUCUGUCAGAAACUUCAAACCGAAUCCUGGACGCAACGCUUCGACUCACUCGCAAAAGUACCUUACGCAGUCAAGGACAAAGAUUGGGUCACUUACGAUGAUGCUAACUCUGUCACUGCCAAAGUCAACUACGCCAAGAGUUUAGGCAUCAAUAAGAUCAUGGUUUGGAGCAUAGAAACUGAUGAUUUCCAUGGUGUUUGUGGCAAAGGCACUAACCCUUUGCUUAGAGCUAUUAAUACUGCUUUGAGAAAGUAAUUACAUAUGACAAUUUCUAUGUUAAGUUUUUGUAUAUUCGUGUAAAUAAAAGCAACAAAUAUAUUGAAAUUACAAAAAGGAAAAUAC